AUGAGUAUAGAAAAAGAAAUCAUAUGGAAAGAAACUCAUCUUAAAAAGUUGAAUGCAUUAAGAGAACUGAAUUUACCAUUAAGCAAUAAACGUUCACCGAUAUAUAUUUCAUCGAUAAAAAAUUAUUCAAAAAGAGUUCUAACUAUUAAGGAACUAUUAGCAUUAAGAUAUGGGCUUGAUUAUGUCUUACCUAUAGUAACAUUUGAUGAUGAGACAUUCAUAGCAAACAUUGAGACUUUAUUCGUGAAUUUAAUUGGGCAUUGUUCUGACAAGAAAGAUUACGAUGAAUGUGAUAUUGAUGAGGCGAUUAUAUAUAAUCGAACACCAGAGCAAUUAUUCGUAGCAAAUAGAUUACGUAAACAUUGUGAUACAUUCAAACAACAUGCGAAGAAAUCUAUACGUAGGUUUAAGAAACAAACUGAUCCAAUAAUUAAAACUUUGAUUAAUCUAUCCAAAGAUGAUUCCAUAUACAUAACCCGUGCUGAUAAAGGUCGGGCCGUGGUGAUUCUUGAUAAAUUAGAUUAUAUAAAUAAAAUGGAAAAAAUCUUGAGUGAUACAAGAACAUUUAUUCGUCUAGACUCAGACCCAACUAUCCAAAAAGAGGAACGACUACAAAGAAAAUUACUUAAAUUAAAAGAUUCCGGUUUUAUAACUGAGAAUGAAUAUUAUUUUGCUCGACCAGUUGGUUCCCAACCCGGCAAAGCAUACGGACUUCCAAAGAUCCAUAAAGAUUGUGCUCCAUUACGUCCUAUCAUCUCGGCUUGCAACACCUUUAGUUAUAAAUUAUCGAAACUAUUAGCAAAGAAAUUAAAACACUUGAGAACUAAUCCGUCAAUUGUUACUGACACAUUUAAAUUUGUUGAUGAACUUAAAAAUCUAGAAUUUACUAAUGAAAAAAUUAAAAUGGUAUCUUUUGACGUGAUUUCGCUAUUUACUAAAGUCCCAUUAGCACGCACUACUCAACUUAUCUUAGAAAAAAUGUAUGGUCCUGAGCAUACAUGUCUUUAUGAUAAAGGAAUGAAGCAGGAUGAAUGGUGUACUAACUGUAAACACAGAUCUGAAUUAAAAUGGUUAUUAGAUACAGCAACAAAAGAAUCACAUUUUUUAUUUAAUAAAAAAAAUUUAUCGUCAAAUUGA